AACUUGCAGCAGCCAAACAUGGCAUAUGCCUGGAGCAGGCGCAGGCAGAUAGAUCAUCGAUCCUUAUACGAAUUCAGGGUAGCAUGUGCUCAUACGUGUCAUCCACCCACAUUUACCACUUGGCAAUGAAAGACAAAGGAGCUGUCAUAGGGUUGGUUACAAAAAAAAGACAUGAUUGGAUACAUAGUUAGAUACCAUUAGUUGAUGGGUUUAGUUCUUGUAGUAUUUUGUGAGAGGGAUUACUCAGACAACCUUCGUUGCUUACAUUAUUGAUGUGUACAUUUUGGAGGGAGGAAAUUGUAAUUUAAAUCACCAAAUUAAUCAUAUUAAAUGCAUUAAUUAAAGGAUAGACCCAUAAAUCCAUGGAAUAAGUCAAAAUGAUUAUUUUCAUUUAAUUUUUAUUAAGAAAAAGCAAGUGUGGAGAUCUGACAGCUUUUUGAUUCGUCUCUCUCAACGAGCAAUGAGAGAGAGAGAUGUAAAGGGAAAGAUCAGAUGAUAAGUGGCGGAUUCCAAAUUAAAGCAGUAACUAGAUUUAAGGAGUGUGUUUGAGGUCCGCGUUUCCUUUUCUUUCUGUCUUUGUUGGAAUGUCCAACACCAAACCACACCGCAAAUAUUAGGCUGUCUCGUCUCUUACAGUCGACAGAGUUUAAGAGUGAGCGAGAGAAAAAAUAAAAAAAAAGAAAAGAAAAGAAACAUGGGAAGAUCCCCUUCCUGUUUCAAAAUCAUCGCUUGCGGCAGCGAUUCUGCUGAAAAAGACGACGCUUUUGAUAUUCCUGAGAACAAGAGAUCAAGUGACCGAAAGGGGUGGAGUUUUCGGAAGAGAUCUGAGCAGCAGCAGGUUCUUAGCAACACUGUGAUAGAAGAAGCUCCUUCUGGGAUUAAGGAAAGUGCAGAAUCUGCUGUUUCUAAUUUUCAACAACCAGAUAUCUCCGUCACACCUGAGAAAAUCUCCACCAUUCAAUACACUGAAGAGAAACCUCAGUUGCUGUCACCAAAAGAGUACAUUGAAGAAAAUUCUCAGUUGGUAGCACCAAAAGAGUACAUUGAAGAAAAAUCUCAGUUGCUGACACCAAUAGAAUACACUGAAGAAAAAUCUCAGUUGCUGACACCAACAGAAUACACUGAAGAAAAAUCUCAGUUGUUGAUCCCAGAGGACUCAAAAGUGCAUGAACCUGUUUCUGCCUCCACAAACGAGGCUGAAGAUGAUGCCAACCUGGAUGAAUCUGUUGUUGUUAUCAUCCAGACUGCUAUCAGAGGGUUCUUGGCGCAGAAAGAGCUAGGAAAGCUUAAGAAUUUAGUAAAGUUGCAGGCUGCCGUACGAGGGCACUUAGUUCGAAGGCACGCUGUGGGAACCUUACGAUGCGUUCAAGCCAUUGUCAAAGUGCAAGUUCUUGUUCGUGCUCGUCUAUCUCAAGAAGGGUCUUAUGCUGAAAAGAAGCUGGAUCACAAGAAUAAUGCCAGUCAAAGUUUGAAGGGAAGCUCAACAACAAAACAAAAUGCAACUUACACUUCCAUAGAGAAGCUGCUUAGCAAUAGAUUUGCUCGUAAGCUGAUCGAUUCAACACCCAAGACCAAACCUAUCCACAUAAAAUGUGAUCCAUCAAAACCGAAUUCUGCUUGGAGUUGGUUGGAGAGAUGGAUGUCUGUGUCAUCAUCUGAAAAGGCAGCACCAGCAGACUUACCUAUUGAACAACGAGAAAGGGAGAUAAGGGACGGUUGUGACUCUCCAAUUGAUGCUAAAGUUCCAUCUGAAGCUAUUUCUGAGUCAAAUGAACCAAAGUCUGAUGUAAGGGACAUGUUGGUUUCAUCAGAGAGUGAAGAGAAUCUGAUCACCUAUGAUGCAACCAACUUUAAGAUUGAGGCAUGCCAGCCAACUUCCUCUUCAGUAACGGAUGAUUUGGAGCAUCCUCAGAUUGACAACUUGAGUACAUCCAACCUAAAAGAGACCUCACAGGAUCAAACAAUGCAAACAGAUGCACAUCCUCAAACAGAGGACUGUCUUUCUCACAAGCCUGAAAUUGAGAGUGAACAACCCAAACGUUCUAUGAAAAGAUUUGCUUCUGAACAACUGGAAACAGAGGCAAAGAAAUUUGUUGUAUUUGGAUCAAGAAAGGCAAGUAAUCCUGCAUUUAUUGCUGCACAAACAAAAUUUGAGGAAUUGAGUUUAACAGCCAAUUCAAGUAAAUCAAUUAAUUCAUCCCACCAAGAUGUUGGAAUUGAAUCAAACAUGGAUACUGUGUCAUCCGGGGCAGAUACAAUAAGCAGGUCCAAGGAGCCAAGCAUCACAGAAAAUCCAGUCCUCAAUAAUUGGAGGGUUGAACAUUGUGGUUCUGAAUGCGGCACUGAGCUUUCUGUUACUUCCACUUUUGAUUCACCUGAUAGAUCUGAAGUUGGAACCAUAGAAUAUGAACAUGUAGCCAAAGUCUCUGAGCAAGAAAAUUGCAGUUCUAACAGUACUAAGGAUUUGGAUGUCAAAGAAAAUGAUUCAUUUGCAAUCCCGCUGCCCGAUUCUUCUCUCUCUGUUGUUGAGCAGCCCAAGAAACUAGAUGAUGCUGUAGGUGAAUCGGCCAAUUUAAUUGUUGUAGACUCUCCUCAAGUAGAACAGAAGCCACUGAAGAGCACAUCUGAUCUGCAGAGAGAACGGGACUCUGAGACAGGUAAUCAAACAUUUAGGUCAUCCCCAGAAGCCUCUCCUAGGAGCCAUAUGACUGUUCCAGAAUCCCAAGGAACACCUUCUAGUCAGGUUUCAGUGAAAACUAAAAAGAAAAGAACUGACAAGAGUGGUCAAAAGCGCGAGUCCUUGUCUGCUGCCAAGGGUUCUCCAUCAACUCCUGCUCAUGAUAGUGGUGCAAGUAGCAUGGAACAAUUGUCCAAAGAUCAGGAAAAUGGGAAGAGGUGCAAUUCUUUUGGUUCAACAAGACCUGAGAACAUUGAUGAGGAGCCAAGAGUUAGUAACAGUAGCAAUUCACUUCCCCAUUUCAUGCAAGCCACAGAAUCUGCAAGAGCUAAGGUUAAUGCAAAUAACUCGCCAAGAUCAAGUCCAGAUGUGCAAGACAAAGACAUUUAUAUCAAGAAGAGACGUUCCUUAGCUGGUGCUAAUGGGAAGCAGGGUUCUCCAAGAAUCCAGCAAUCAAUGUCUAAAGCACAGCAGGGUGCAAAAGGAAAUGGUACCAAUCCUCUUCAUGAGAAAAGAUGGCAAAGAUGAAGGGUUAUUCGGAGCAAACCAUACGCCAAGCCAAGCUCUGCUUUACAAACAAAAGUUCGGGAUUGCGCUCGUAACCGUAUCCAUUUUCAUCGUGUCGUUUCAUCAUU